CCCCCACAAAGCCCAACUGCUAAAGCAAACUGUUACAGCUCAAAAUCGAAAUCGAAUUCGCUCAAAGAAGAUGGCCAACAGCUCGUAAUCAAUCCACUGCUUCAAAACUCGUGACUACGGAUUAAUUUAAUCCGAUUAGCCAAUAAUUACGAGUACAAUACUCCCAAGCCCAUUCACGAUUCAGCCAUUUUUAAAGCAGUUUUGUUCUUAUCGCAAUCGUGGGGAUGAAUCUGCAAAUUGACCUCUGAUAUUCGAAUUCGAUUCGAGAUUGGGAUAUUAUACAAAUCAGAGUGCGCGAUUGACGCCGGACGGCGGCGAUUUUCACCGCGGAAUAGUAUGUUGAAUGUUGCGGAAAUCUAGGGUUUGAAGGGGGCCCUUUUUGGAUUUUUAGGGAAAGGGCCCUUUUCGAGGAAUUUAAGGAAGAAGAUGAAGGAAUUGUUGGGUAGUCCGGGAACAGUGAGUGGAUUGCUGUUAAGAUCUGGCCAGUUUUUGUUCGCUUCGAGUUCGAUUGGAGUUAUGGUUUCUGCUCUUGGUUUUUCUAAUUACACUGCUUAUUGCUAUUUGAUUGCUUCGAUGGGGCUUCAAGCAUUGUGGAGCUUUGGACUUGCUUGUCUUGAUAUCUACGCUCUGCGCGUUAGAAGAGAUCUUCGCAACCCGGUGUUAGUUAGCCUAUUCGUAGUUGGCGAUUGGGUGACAGCUACGUUGUCGCUUGCUGCUGCUUGCUCGUCGGGUGGGAUUGCAGUUCUGUAUGCGAAAGAUUUGAAGUUCUGUACAGGUCCAUCAAAGUUCCCGUGUAGCAGAUACGAGUUCUCCGUAGCUUUGGCCUUUGUUACGUGGUUUCUUAUCGCGAUUUCUUCUCAUGUGAUGUUUUGGAUCUUAGCGUCGUUAUAAAUGUUUUUGUGUGUGCCGUUUGUAUAUCUGAUUUGCUGCUGAUAUUAUAACUCUUUGUUUCGUUGGUUGUUGGAAUUGUUUGAUGUUUCGAUCUUCCUUGGUAAGAAGAAGUUUUCGUAGUAUUCGGUUUA